UUUGCAAGAGUGCCCACCAAGGAAAACACCUUAUUAAAUACAACUAUGUCUUAGCCAAAUGCUAGGUUAGCAACCAAUUAAAUAAUGGCUUGAGCGUGCAAUUAUGCUAAUGCUGGUUCUUGCUGCCAAUUGUUGGAACAUGAUAAUGUGAUUGCUCAUCUCAAGGACAGUAGACACACAAAACUAUGUACUGAACAUGAGACGACUUUAGGGUUGUGGUCUCUAUGCUUCUGCCAGAUCUCAAGGCAUGGUAAGCAGACAACAUCUGGGAGAUGUGAUGACAUAAUUCUUCGUGUCAACCAAUCAAAUGCUACUACUUAUAUUUUCUGUAUAAAUAGGCCUUAGCAGAGCAGUAGACACAUCAAACCAAGAAUUAUUCUUUUCUUCAGCUCUCAUCAACCACAAAAUAUACAGAGAAAAACUUCAAGCUCAGAUAUGGCUUUUCACCAAAGAUCGAUAAGUUUGCCAUCUAGGCCUUGCGUGAGUGAGACCAAAGUUGAGCAAGAGCUCCACAGCCUAGAAGCAAGCAUAUCUUCCUCCAAUUCCAUCAGCACGAUGUGCGAUGGUCUCAGGACUCUUGCAAACAUCUACGAUGGUCUUGAAGAGAUCAUUUGCCUACCAAGCCACCAAGUUUGCUCCUCCCAGCAGAGGAGGAUGUUGGAUGGAGAGAUGGGAUGCUCCGUUGAGCUGUUAGAUCUCUGCAACUACAUGCAAGAGACCUUCGCCGAGAUGAUGGCUAUCAUCCAAGAGAUGCAGGUGGCUCUAAGGAAAGGAGAUGAUGCAGCUGCUCAAGCCAAGAACCAGUCCUUUACUCGCUUGGCGAAGAAGGCCAGGAAACAUUUCAAGAAGACUGCCAAGAAGCCUGCAUCCGACAAGAUGGUCAUGCUAUUGACCAAGGCAAGAGAGGUCUGCAUCUCUCUGUUGGAGUCCACACUCCAUCUCUUGUCGAGGCAAAUUGAGAUGCCAAAACAGUCUCUUGUCUACAAGGCAUUUUACAAGAAGAAGGCAGUUGUUUGCAAGGAGGAGAAAUUGCAGGAGUUAGAGUGUACCCUUGGAGACCUUCAGAAUGGAGCAGGAAAUCUGUUCAGGAAAUUAGUCCAGAACAGAGUUUCUCUUUUAAACAUUCUUAGCUCAUAGGUACUCCCUGUGAUUGGCAUCCGUCUUCUUGAGGAUGAGCCGAUCUUGACACAGUUUUGCCAUAUGUAUACGGUACAAAUGUACAGAAGUUAUAGAAAACAAAGAGCAAAGUUUAGAUC